AACAUUUUUCUGUACGUGCUUGAGAAAAGAACAAAGGAGAAUUGUUGUUACGGGCGUCUUCCAUUCUGCUCCUGGCCGCUGGGUCAGAAAGAUGUCUCUGUUCCUGCUGCUCACCUGCCUCUUCACCACAGUCACCUCCGUGUCACCCAUGGCACUAGAUCCUUGUUUUGCUUAUGUCAGUCUGAAUGAGCCCCGGAGGAACACUGAUCACCAGUUUGAUGAGUCCCAAAGUGAGCCUCUUUGUGACGACUAUAUGGAUGGGGAGUGGUAUCGCUUCACAGGUAUGGCAGGAGAUGCCAUGCCCACCUUCUGCAUACCAGAAAAUCACUGUGGGACCCGUGCACCUAUCUGGCUCAAUGGCAGCCACCCCCUAGAACAGGAUGGCAUUGUGCAGCGCCAGGCCUGUGCCAGCUUCAAAGGGAACUGCUGUCUAUGGAACACCACGGUGGAGGUCAAGGCCUGCCCUGGAGGCUACUAUGUGUAUUGGCUGGCCAAGCCCAGUGUCUGCUUUCAAGUCUACUGUGGCCAUUUCUACGACAUCUGCGAUGAGGAAUGUCAGGGCGACUGCUUGGACGCCACCAAGUGCGCAUGCGCUCCAGGAACCGUGCUGGGCCCAGAUGGGCAGACGUGCUUCGAUGAAAAUGAAUGUGAGCACAACAAUGGCGGCUGCGACGAGAUCUGUGUGAACCUCAAAAACUCACACCGCUGCGCAUGCGGGGUCGGCCGCGUGCUCAGGAGCGACGGAAAGACUUGCGAAGACAUUGAAGGGUGCCACAGCAACAACGGUGGCUGCAGCCAUAUCUGCCGAGGGUCUGAGAAGGGUGUUCAGUGUGAAUGUCCCCGGGGCUUGGUGCUAUCUGAAGAUAACCACACUUGCCAAGUCCCCGUGUUGUGCAAGUCCAGUGCCAUUGAAGUGAGUGUCCCCCGGGAGCUGGUUGAAGGCCUGGAGCUCUUCCUGACCAACACCUCCUGCCGAGGAGUGUCCAAUGGCACCCACGUCAACAUCAUCUUCUCCCUCAAGACCUGCGGCACCGUGAUUAACGUGGUGAAUGACAAAAUCGUGGCCAGCAAUCUCGUGACGGGUCUGCCCAAGCAGACCCCUGGGAGCAGCGGGGACAUCAUCAUUCGGACCAGCAAACUGCUGAUCCCGGUGACCUGCGAGUUCCCCCGCCUGUACACCAUCUCGGAAGGAUACGUGCCCAAUCAGCGCAACACCCCACUGGAAAUCAGGAGCCGAAAUCACGGCAUCUUCCCCUUCACGCUGGAGAUCUUCAAGGACCACGAGUUCGAGGAACCAUACCGGGAGACUCUGCCCAUACUCAAGCUUCGCGACUUGCUCUACUUCGGCAUUGAGCCCCUGGUGCAUGUGAAUGGCCUGGAGAGCCUGGUAGAGAGCUGCUUUGCCACGCCCACUGCGCAGAUGGACGAAAUACUCAAGUACUACCUGAUCCAGGACGGCUGUGUUUCCGAUGACUCGGUAAAGCAGUUCUCAUCCAGGGACCACCUAGCAAAGCAUUUCCAAGUCCCCGUCUUCAAGUUUGUGGGCAAAGACCACAAGGAGGUAUUUCUGCACUGCAGGGUCCUUGUGUGUGGCAUGCUGGAUGAGCGCUCCCGCUGUGCCCAGGGCUGCCACCGGCGCGUGCGCCGUGAGGUGGGUGAAGAUGAGGACUCUGCCGGGCUACAGAGUCAGAUGCUGACAGGCGGCCCCAUCACCAUCGACUGGGAGGACUAGUUCCUGCUCCCCUGCUUCCAGCCGUCCUUUCUAGAACGACUUCCUGUGUCCUCAGAGAGCAUCCGGGAACCUCCUAAGGCACCUGGCUUCUUUAAAUCCUGUACUGUGAGCUUAGAUAAGCCCACCCCAUGAAAGGACUGACUGGCUUUUUUUGUCCCUGGGUUGGUCCAAAUUACAGCACUGCUGGUCUCUUGUGGCCUAGGUGGGCCUCAGCUUCUGGAUUCAAAGCAUUUGUCCUCAGGGAAAAACACUUCCCUGUCUCCUUUGUUCCUUUCUUACAAUGAAAUACCUCAUUUAUGGUGUAACAGGGUCACUAACAUGAGGACCUGGGAAUGACAUUCCAAGCCAAAAACCUAAAAUAAUGAAUUACUAAGAGUAUAACCCACGAUCCCCUAAAUAUCUAAUAAUUGUGACCUAAAAUUUCAACCCCAGUAUAAAGGAGAUUUGAAAGUGUAUCAAUAAAAAUAAUGUGUCAGAGAAAAC